AUGCAAAACCUACCAUACUUUGCUUCAUUUCAGAUGAACGAGAUGAGGAACAGCUAUGUCGAUGCAAACAAUAGGAUAAUCGAGAAAAUGGACUCAAUGGUCGAGGAAUUUGUGGAUGCGGUGGGCAUGCUGCCUGAUAUAUCCGAAGGAGUAAAAAUGUAUAUUGAGGAUUGCAUAAGGCACAUGCGAGAGAUUGUUGUCGACCACGUGGGAAUGGCAAUAUGUGAGUUCAAGGCAGCAUACAAUCCGUGCGAAGAAGGUACAAAGUCAAGAAGGUUUCCAAAGUUCAUUACCGACGAGCUCGAGAGAAGCUUUGAGGCUGACCAAUAUCCAUCUGAUCACGAGAAAGCCAAGCUCUCAAAGAUUUGCAAGCUGUCGAUCAAACAAAUAAACAACUGGUUCACAAACAAGCGAAAUAGAAACAAGGGGCACGAAGACUACCGAGAAUAUUGA